AUGGAUUUAGAUUUCUCUGAUCUCUUUACGGAUAGCUCAAAUAAGACUGAACAAUCCAAUACAAAUUAUUUAGGUAAACCUUCAAUAGAACAUGUUUGUUUAUCGAACACAACUGAAUAUAUAGAUGGAAAAAUAGAAACUACGUUGUGUGAGUUUUCUGGACAAUCAGAUACAAACUUUAAUAAAACAUCUUUGAGUGUACCUAGUGUUUUACCGAAUGUCUCUUCUUGUACUAACAAUGAGUCCAGGACAACAUAUUUACCAGGUACAGCCUCAUUUAAGAUCGAUUAUAGGAGUCAAAUGCAAAGUCCUUAUAUUGCCGGAAAUCCAUGUUUGCAAAAUCCUCAGACAGAUUAUUUUUCAUCUGUACCGUCAAGUGAAUAUCCUUUUGGUUGCGACCCAGUGAAUACAAAUAAAGAACCCGUAUACCAAAUGUUUGACGAUUUUCCUAUUCAUGCAGCAUGUCAGUUUAAUGACUUUUUCGGAACUUCCAGAGUAUUUGGAUAUGGUGAAUCAGCUCCAUACGAAGAUAUAAUGAAACCAACUCUUACUUUUGAACCGAGUUUCACUGUUGAACAUGAUUGCGAAAUUUUGUGGAGAUGUCUGUGGAGAUUUAUAGUAAAUGAAAAGAAAGUUAUAAAAGUAAUGGGUCGUCGACCUGUUGUUCAACGUAUAGCAAUUUUACAAAGAUUUAGAUCAAUGUACGGAAAACAAUUGCCUAGCAAAUUUAUUUCUAAAUUAACUGGAUGUUUUAAAGAUUGUUUGAUUGCGUUGUGCUAUGCACCAGCAGAAUUUGAUGCAAUUGAACUUCGUAGAGCAAUGAGAGGAACUGAUACUGAUGAAGAUACAAUAAUUGAAAUUCUUUGUACAAGAACAAAUGAACAAAUCAGAAGAAUCAAGGAUGUUUAUCCAAAAUUAUUCAAUGGACGUGAUUUAGAAGAUGAUGCCAACAAUGAUACUGAAAAUCCUUUUAAAUCAAUAUAUAUAGCUUUACUAAAAGCGAAUAGAGAUGAAUUUACAUUUAUAAAUGGAAAUCUUGUACAAAGAGAUGCGGAAGUAUUAUUUAAUACAUUAAAACAAGACAUUAGGAUAGAUGAAUCGAAAUUCAUUCCUAUCUUGAUUACACGAUCUUAUGGUCAUUUACGAGCUGUAUUCAAUGAAUAUUCAUUACUUGGUGAACGUGAUUUGGAGGAGGAAAUGCGUGAACAUGAACUCAAUUCUUUAGUGUCUAUUGUCCGUUGCAUACAAAAUAGACCAAGAUAUUUUGCUGAAAAAUUAGUCAAAGCUACGAAACAUACAGAAAAAUAUUCUAAGACUAUUAUACGGAUUAUUAUCUCUCGUUGUGAAGUCGAUAUGGGACAAAUUAUGGAAGAAUUUCUUAAUUUAAAUGGCGAACCAUUAAAUAAUUGUCUACAAGUACGUAUAAACAAAAUUUAA